AGUUUAAUAUCAAUAUAGAAUUUAACCCAUAGUUUGAGGACGUCUAUGCAAUUGACUCAAAAUCUUUUCAAUUUCAAAAAACGAGCGGCCCUUUUUUUUGUCUCCGUUUCAAGCUAAAGCAAAAGCUCAAGUUCAAGCUCAAGCAGCGUAGUCUUCUACUGUAUCAUUGAUUAUCACUGUGAAUCCUAAAUCCAGAGCCAUGAAUUCAUCUUUUUAUCUAUUUUUGAGUGAUUAAAUCGUUUUCUUUUGUUGUAAUUUUAUCUUCCACGUUUCAACAAUGUCGAGAGACGUUUCCAGCUUUGGUUUCAUCUCUAAAAACGCAAACGAGAACGAUUUCGAGACCUCCUCGAGUUCGGCUCAUUUCCCUCCUCCAAGAACUCCGCUCAACUCAAUUCCAGAUCCAUCACAAUACCAGAAAGAAUCGCGGAAUCAAGACGAACAGGAUGUUGUCGAUUCCAAAGACAAAUCGGAAUCUCUCAGAGCACUUCAUAAAACCCCGAGGGUUACAAAUCGCCAUGGGAAGUUACAUUCAGAGUCCAACUCUGCUCAAAGUACUCCUUCAAGGACUGCUCCCCGGUUUUCGCUUGGCGGCGGCGCUGGACCUUGUUUUACCAGUAAAGUUACUCAAGGUUUCGGAGGAAGAUGUGGAUUGAGCUCCGCUUCUUCUUCAAGGGUUCCGAGAAGGGUUUCGAUGAUCGAUGGUACCAAUUUCUCGGUCGAAGCUCCACAUUUCGAGCUCGUUGAGGAUCCUUCCUUUUGGAGAGAUCGGAAUGUGCAGGUGCUGAUAAGAAUUCGGCCACUGAGUACGAUGGAGAGGGUUUCACAAGGGUACGGUCGGUGUUUGAAGCAAGAGAGCGCUCAAACUUUACUGUGGCUUGGACAUGCCGAGAGCAGAUUUACCUUUGACCAUGUAGCUUGCGAGACCAUAUCGCAGGAAAAGCUGUUCAGAGUAGUUGGAGUACCCAUGGUGGAGAAUUGCAUGUCUGGGUAUAAUAGCUGUAUGUUUGCUUAUGGUCAGACUGGUAGUGGCAAAACAUAUACUAUGAUGGGCGACAUAUAUGAGGUGGAAAGUCAGCUCAGUGAAGAUUGUGGACUAACUCCUCGUAUAUUCGAAUAUUUAUUUUCAAGGAUUAGAAUGGAAGAAGAGAGCAGGAAGGAUGAGAAAUUGAGGUUCAGUUGCAAAUGUUCCUUUCUAGAAAUAUAUAAUGAGCAAAUAACGGAUCUUCUGGACCCUUCGUCAACUAAUCUGCAACUCAGAGAAGACUUGAAGAAAGGCGUAUAUGUGGAAAACCUUAUGGAGUAUAAUGUGCGGAAUGUUGAUGAUGUUCUCAAGCUUCUAUUGCAGGGUGCUUCAAACAGAAGAAUGGCAGCAACCAAUAUGAACAGUGAGAGCAGCCGAUCCCAUAGUGUUUUCACUUGUAUCAUCGAAAGCCAUUGGGAGAAAGAUUCUAUGACACACUUCAGAUUUGCAAGGUUAAAUUUAGUGGAUUUAGCUGGCUCUGAAAGGCAGAAGAGCUCCGGUGCAGAAGGAGAUCGUCUGAAAGAAGCAGCAAACAUAAACAAAUCUUUGUCUACUCUUGGCCUUGUAAUAAUGUCUCUGGUGGAUCUGGCACAUGGGAAACAUAGACAUGUUCCGUACAGAGAUUCUCGGCUAACAUUUCUGCUUCAGGAUUCCCUAGGUGGAAACUCAAAAACAACAAUGAUAGCAAAUGUCAGCCCAUCCAUUUGUGCUGCAAAUGAAACUCUAAGCACACUGAAGUUUGCUCAGCGAGCCAAGCUUAUUCAGAAUAAUGCAAAAGUGAAUGAAGAUGCUUCUGGUGAUGUUAAUGCACUGCAGCAACAAAUCGAACAACUAAAGGGCCAGUUGUCCUCCUUGUUGAAGCAUCAUAACUUCCCAAACUCUCCAAAUAGCUGUGUGCCAAGUUAUGAAGAACUGAAAAUAGGAGACUACUCGAGGAAAAAUGAAUACACUAGUGAAAAGGUUGCAGAUUGUAAGAUACAAAACAUCAAUAGUAACAAGAUGAGACGCAUGGAGGCUACUUUAGCUGGUUCCUUGAGGAGAGAAAAGAUGGCAGAAACUGCAAACCAGAAAUUAGAGGCAGAAAUUGAGCAAAUGAACCGCUUGGUUUGCCAAAAGGAAGAAGAUGUUCAGCGUACUAAAAUGAUGCUUAGGUUUCGGGAGGAGAAGAUAAAAAAUCUUGAAUCGUUGACAACUGGUCUUGUAUCAACUGAGGAGUAUCUCAUGGAGGAAAAUCAAGCUUUGAAGGCAGAAAUUCAAUUGCUUCGGACAAAGAUUGACAGAAAUCCAGAAUUGACACGUUUUGCUUUAGAGAAUAUUAGACUUAUUGAACAGCUGCAAAUAUUUCAAAAUUUUUAUGAGCAAGGAGAGCGAGAAAUAUUGCUGGGUGAAAUUUCAGAACUGCGGGACGAGCUUCAGGAAGUUCUUGAAGGAAAGAACAGAUUCUCCUCUAGAUAUGAGAAUCAGGAUGGGAACACUGUGAAGGAGUUGGAAGAUUGCAGGAAUAUGAAUUCCAAGUUGAUGAGGGAAGUAGAAGAGUUACAAAUGGAACUGAGUAAAUACUUGAACUGUAGUCAUGGAGCAUUUGAUUCUGUUGGUGGUUUUCCCUCCAAGGAUCACAAGGAAUGCAGGCAAACAAAUAAAUGUUCAUUGGUUGAAAUUAUAUCAGUCCAUAGUGACUCUGGAGAUGAGGUAGCAUCCUGUUCAAGGGAGAAUGAUGUGGCGUUAGAAAAUCAAAAUGAGCAGAGUGUAAGUGUUGCUUCAGUUAUGCAGCAUAGUGCCACUGAAAAGGAGUUGAUAGAAGCAAGAUUGUUACUUAAGGCAAUGGAAGCUGAGCAUAUCCAUCUAUUUAAUGAGCUGCAGCAUCUCCAGGAAGAGAACAGAAGAUACAUGGAAAUGAUAAGCAAUGAAGGCAAGCUGGAAAUUGAAUCUGUUCAUAAACUUAAAAUUCAUUGCCUUGAGCAAGAUCACUUAGCAUCUAAAAAGGAAGGCCAGAUCAUGGAGAGUGAACUAAUUAAUGUAAAGGGUUUACACGACAAGUUGGAUAUAUUGACUAAAGACUUGGAGAAUGCCAAAUUACUUAAUUGUCAAUAUCAACAGGUUCAAGCAUCACAAUUAUCUUGUCAGCAUGAGGCUGAUUUAGUCCAUGAACAGGUUGAAAUGGAAACAGCUAGGACAAUCCUUCAUUUGCAGGAAGAGGUUGCUGCACUUCAGUUAGAACUUAAUUCCAUUACUCAAGAAAAUACAAGGCUAAGAGAUACUAUCACGGCUAAAGAGGAAGAAAUGAAGUCAAUUUGUGCCGAUUGGGAAAGGGCAACUCUAGAACUCACUAGCUUCCUUCUAGACGGUUCUAAAUCCCUCAAAGAUGCCUCUCGGCUGGUAGAAAACAUUUCUUGUUCAUUUCCUCAAAUUAAUGUUUGGGUUGGUGAAAAUGUUGAGAGGGCUGCAAGAGUUUGCAUUGAAAAAGAAGAAAGAAUUCUACUUCUGCAGAGAAGCUUGGAAGACGCACAGAGAAUGAUAAUGGAAAUGGAGAUGAAGUUAAGUUCCUUGAAGGGAGCAACAAUUGCUUUUAAUGAGUUUCAGGAUUCAGGUACUGAUGUGGAAACAGAAGAGGCAGCCCAUUUAAGCAUCUUAUUUAACGAUGAGACAGAUUUGCAAAAAGUUCUAGCAAAUGAACUCAAAGUUAAGGAGGAUCAGCUUAUCAUGGCAGAAAAAAGGGCCAAUGCUGCUUUCUUGAUUGCAAAAUGGCUUGUAGAUUGUGACAAGGUUGCUUAUGGAGAUCAUGCUGAGAUGGACAUUCCAGUAGCCACUUCUGAGGGAAUGCAAAGCAAUGUAAUGGCAGGAAUGAUGGCUCAUAUGAAGUUUCCAACAACAGAUAAUCUUAAGGCUCAAGUGGAGUUGGCAAAGUUAGUAAUAUUGGAGUCUGAGAAUGUUAUCAAUACAUCUUAUGACGAUGCAGAAGCCCAUUUAUCCACCCUCAAAACAGACAUUUCUGAAACUUGUUCAGUUUUUAAGGAGUCACUUCAGGAUUUGCAGAGAGAAAUUCUUGACAUAAAAGAGAACUGUAAAGGUUUUCAGACUUCUAGAACCGAAUUGCAAUCAGUGGCAGCAGCUAAGUCUUUGAAGUCUCACCUUCUUGAUCAAAUAAAAUGUGAAAUUGCUGAUGCAAAUCAAAGUCUUAAAUCAAUUAAAGAUUGCAUUAAAACAAAAGCUAGUAUGCCUGUCCACCUGCCAGAUGACGAAGAUGCGAUUGAAAAGUCCAGUUGGAGUUCUCUUUCUUUAACAUCAAGCUCUGAUUAUUCAAUAGAAAGUAUUGCUUCUGGAAACAAUUUGAUUGGAUCACACUGUUCUGUGAAGAUGACUGAGGUGGUGGAUGAUACAAAACUUGAAGAAGUCUCACUUCAAUCUGAUUCAGGAUUCUCAGAAAGUUCAGGCAAAUUUGGCCUAAGAAACGAGUUGUGGAUGCAAUUGGAUGUUUUCCAUAAAUUAUACGUUUGGUUAACAACAAUCCUCAAUGAGAGUGAUAUUGGAGAACAUUCUCAUACUGAAGAGCUUCUUUCCUUGGGGUUGACAAUGGAGAUUUAUGAUGCAGCAUCCCAGAAUAAUAUAGAGGCACUUCCUGAUGAUACUAGUCCUGCCAAAAGUUUCUUUAAAAAAUUUGAGGAAGCCCAUGCUACCAUGAAGGAAGCUGAUUAUGCAUUAAAAGCACUGCUGAAAGCAAAUGAAAAUGCACAAGUUUUGAAUAAUAUAUGGAAGCAAGCGAGUGAAGAAUUGAUGGUAGAGAAAUCAAACUUGAUUGAUGAACUUGAAAAGCUCAGAUACUCGAUCAGUUUGAAAGAAAGAGAGAAUGAAUUGUUGCAGGAUCAAAUACAUUAUACUUUGGUUGAAACAGCUGACUCAAUAUCUUUGCUUGAUGGGUGUUUCAAGCAAAUGCAAAGACAAAUUGAGGACAAGUUUAAGGUUUUAUACUCUGAUGCCUUAUCUAUGAGUCAGGAGAUGCUUUUCACGAUUUGCAACUCAAGAUCAUCACUAGAAGAUAUUUGUUCUGAGGCGAUAAAGAAAGAACUCUCUCUAUUUGUUUUGUAUCACUGCCAUUUUGGAGACUUUGUCCACAAAACUUUAAACUUGAGCAGUGAAUUAUAUUCUCAUCCAUCGCAAAGACCAGAACUUCACUCUGUUAUAAAUACUUUAGUAAAGAGUCCCUCCAUUAGUCAAGGUGAAAAUGUGGAUCAUCCUAAGAAAAGUACAGAGGGUGAAGAUGGACGUAAGCAACUUAAACAUUUAGAAGAUCAAGAUCAAGAUCUCUCACAGAAUGAUUUGAUAUAUGAAAAUUUCUCUCUGAAGAAAGAAUUGAAAAGGAAAGAAGAUUUGUUGGAGGGUUUGCUUUUUGAUCUUCACUUGUUGCAAGAAUCAGCCUCCAAUAGCCAGGAAAUCAAAGAUGAAAGUGAAAAGUUAAUGUUGGGUUUGAAGGAAGUUUGCCAUGAGCUAGAGAUAAAAACAAAUGAAGCUGAUGACUUGUUGGUUCAGCACAGCAAACUUGAAAAUCGUCUAAGUGAUGCUGAAAAUGCUCUGGAGCAGGCUAAACAAACAAUAGAUUCUCUCUUAGAUGAAAAUGCUGAGAUGAGAAUGCUUUUAGAAGACCUCUAUCACAAGAAAUCUGAGGCUGAAGAAGGACUGGAAGAACAGAAGGAGGUGGUGAAAGAAUUGGAAAAAGAAAUUCUUCAUUUGAAUUAUUCAUUGGAAAAGGACUUACUGUCAUCCAUUAAAGGCAUUGAAGAGGACUUGAGAAAGGUCACUAGCGACAGAGAUGAGCUCCGUGAAGAAAUUUUCUCUCUAAAUGAUCAGCUUGAGAUGGUCCGUGCACUGGCGGAUGAAAAUGAAGCUAUCGCAGUUGAAGCUCGUCAGGAGUCAGAAGCAAGUAAAAUAUAUUCUGAACAAAAGGAGGAGGAGGUCAAGAUCCUUGAGCAUUCUGUUGAGGAACUUGAAUCUACUGUAAAUGUAUUGGAGAAAAAGGUAUAUGAAUUGGAUGAGGAGGUAGAGAGGCAUCGGUUCAUCAGAAUUUCAUUGGAGCAUGAACUCCAAUUUCUUAGAGAUAGAUUAUCAAAAGUAGAUAGCUUUGUUGAUGUUGUGCAUUCAGUCAACUCAAACGCUGAACAAACUAAAGAUCUUUUUCCUAGGAAAAUGCAUGAUAAGUUGCUCCAACUCCAUGAGGCACACGAUCAGAUAAGGAUUCUAGAGAGGGAAAAAGAAGAGCUGAGUAUAGAGAUCAAACAAUGCAAAGAGUACAUCUCGGAAAUUUUAUUACAUUCUGAAGCCCAGGCAUCACAGUACCAACAGAAGUACAAGACGUUGGAAGCCAUGAUUCGUGAAUUGAAAACAGACUUGCCAACUUCAACCUCAACAGUACCAAUAUCGGACAAAAAUGAGAAGACAUCAACAAGAAGCAGGGGUUCAAGCUCACCAUUCCGGUGCAUUUCAAGUUUGGUACAACAAAUGAAUUCGGAGAAGGAUCAAGAAUUAUCAAAUGCCAGACUUCGUAUUGAAGAACUGGAAGCACUGUCAGCUAGUCGGCAAAAAGAGAUAUAUAUGCUAAACGCUAGGCUAGCUGCAGCUGAAAGCAUGACCCAUGAUGUCAUCAGGGAUUUACUUGGUGUCAAAUUGGACAUGACUAAUUAUGCGAACUUAAUAGAUCAGCACCAGGUUCAAAUAUUGUUGAAGGAGGCUAAUCAGCAAGCAGAAGAGUUCCUUGCAAAGGAGCAAGAAAUUCUCAACUUAAGAAAGCUGGUCACUAAUCUCAUGGAGGAAAAAGAGAGUUGCUUGCAUGAAAUAAAUAAGAAAGAUGCAGAUAUACUCAAUGCACAACUGACUUUAGAGCAACUUCAACAAAGGGAUCAGUUGCUUUCUGCACAGAAUGAAAUGUUAAAGAUGGAUAAGAGCAAUUUGAUAAAGAAGGUUGCAGAAUUGGAUGAUUUGAUAACAACAUCAAGUAAAGAGAAGCAAAUAAACCAGACAUUACAGAUUAAGCAGGAGAAUGGUUCAUUAAACCUUGGAAGUGUCAAUUUGAACAAUAAGAGGCUACCACAUUCUGAAAGGCUUGUUUCUCGAAUGAGUAAUGAAAUGGGUCAAUUUCGUAAAACUAAUGGACGGCUUCAACAUCAUGAUAAAACAUGUGGAUCAUCACAAGGGUUUGAUGCAAAAUAUAGGUAGGUAAGUGGUUGUGUUGGGUUUUGUCAGAUUUUUAUGAUGAGAAUUUAAUUUGUGAUUUUGGUUAAUAGAAGGAUUAGAUCAAUGUGCGUUAACAUUGUGUGAUUACAUCAAUUUGUUCUUUCCUGGGAAAAAUCUACAUUAUAUAUUUGUAUCGUUAUUCCCUUUAUUUAUCUUUCCUGGGAAAAUUCCACGGAGAGAGAGAUUCAUGUAAAUUUAGUGAAGCCUUUGAUUUUAUUGUGUAAAUAAA